AUGUCCUAUGUAUCAUCGCUGGAAUUAAGAAAAGUUCGUCCUGAAGCAGUCAAUGAAAAAAGUGUGAUCGAAUCCGUUGUUGAUCUAUUCCAUGAUGUAGUAGAAAAAGUUCCUCAAGCAUAUUCCAUAUCAUCUCGUUCGACGAAUACUGAUCAAUAUGAAACAAUAGAAUGGACACGUUUUCUUUCCAAUGCACACGAAUGGCAUUCAACAAUACGACUCGAUACACUGACGUUACUAAUUGCUUAUAAAAGUGGUUUAUCAUUAUGGACGAUUGACACUAACGGUAUUGCAAAUGAAUUAUUUUCAAUUCGUGAACAUAAUUUAAGUUCUGCAUGUUUACUGAUAUCAAAUAUUUAUCCCGAAGACUCCUAUUUCGCUCAACGUCCUUUAAUUGCAUUCGCUAAAUCAGCGGGACCUCCGUCCAUACAGAUACGUUCACUAAAAAGUGAUCAUGAUCCAGUGAAAAUUAUUCAUCUGCCUGGUAUUGGCUCACAAAGUGAACCAAUAUGGAUUGAAUCGAAUAAAUCUGUAUUUGUUUGUGCGACACAUACAUUCAUUAUUGGUUAUGACAUCGUGAAAUUCGAGGAAAAAUUUUUUAUAUCGAAUUGUUAUUCAUCAAUACCUUUUGCUUUGUCAACACGAUGGUUAGCGUUUGUUGAUAUUCGUCUUUAUUUAGUUCAUCAAUCAUCAGGCGGAAUAAAUGCUGCAAUAUUUGAUCAAUAUGCAUCCUACACAGGUACAAUGUUAAAUGCAGCUAAAUCAUUAUCAAAAAGUGUCGUAAAAAUUGGUGAAAGUUUUCUUGGAUACAGCAGCAUGGGGUUACAAUCGAAUAAUUCAAAUAUGAAUGAUAAAACAGUAUCACACCAGCAGCAAUCAUCAUCGAUGGCAGUCAAUAAUGGAAAUUCAAAUUCAAAUUCAACGCGAAUUCGACGAGGAUCAACAAAAGAUGAAUUACACGAAGGUGUCGUAACCAUUGUUGAUACAAUUAAAUUGUUUGGUGCAUCCGUCCAUGACGAAAAACAAAAUUGGAUCAUUGCUCAUUUUCAAGCUCAUACAAAUCCUGUGGGCCAUUUACAAUUCAAUCCUAGCGGAGAUUUACUUGUAACAUGUGAUGAUCGUGGACAUUAUUUUAAUGUAUUGGAAGUACGAGCAUCGCCUUAUCGUUGUACUCGAACGUACAUUCAACAUUUGUAUACUUUAUUUCGUGGUGAUACUGAUUGCAAAGUUUCUCAUAUGACGUUUACUACCGAUAGUCGAUGGCUUACUGUAUCAACCAAACGUGGCACAACCCAUCUGUUUGCCAUUAAUCCAUAUGGAGGUGUUGUCAAUGUUCGUACCCACACAAACGCUCAUGUCGUAAAUAGAGUCAGUCGUUACCAUCGUACUGCUGGUCUUGAUGAGCAACCAAUGCGUCAAACAAAUAAUAUGAACAACCAUGACAAUGGAUUUAAAAAUUCACCGUCAAGUCCGUUAAUUAAUUCAUCAGCCAAUAUAAUUAAUGGACAUAAUAAUCAUUUUUCGAAUAUGUCCCGUUCAAAACGGGGCAGCAGCGAAUGUAUAUUUUCAACAGCUGUAACUUUAAUUCGUCAGCCAACGGAGAACUUCGUUAGUGGUCUUAGUGCACCGUUUAACAUCGAUUCAUUAUGUUUGGCAGCUACAUUUGGAGUUUCACGAGGUUUUCUUAAUCCAGAAGAUAUUAUCAAUCAUCCAGAAUAUACAUUAAGAGCGUGUAAUUCAUUGUUUAUAAUUAGUUGGCACGGUCGUUUAAUUGAAUACGUUCUUGAUCCAAAACCUGAUACAACUAAACAUGGUACACGUGUUACAUCAGAAACUCCGCUUGCACUAACAGCGUCUCCAAAAGCACAAUGGCAACUUCAAAAAUUGGUGACUUGGCCAGAAGUUCGUAUGUCUGUUGGCUAUUCAUUUCUAUCUCAAGGACAUCGGCCAACAUCUGGAACUAAGGUUCAUUCAAAAGAUGAUUGGCUUCGUCAAGUUGACAUGAAUACACAUAUCGGUCCCCAUCGUCGUUUAUGGAUGGGUCCACAAUUUCAAUUUAAACAUUAUUCUGAAGCAACAGUGAGUAUGUGCCAUCCAAAUUCAAAUGUAUUUACAGCUGAUGUACCACAGACAUCGAUGAAUAUAGUUGAUGCUGAUCUGAAUAGUUUACCAAUGCAAUGGUCAAAAUCUAUACCUGUUUAUGUACCAAAUUUGCAUUCGGAUAUUUCACCAGCUUAUAUCGAAGUUGGUUCAGGCAGCUUUCAGGAUGGUCCAUCUUUGAAUAUAUAUGGAAGUUCAUUGGAUAGUUUAAAGUCGGAUUUUGAAAUCGAACUUGUUGAAAAACUAGCUGAUGCAGCAAUUGAUAUACCAUUAAAACACGCUGGUAAUAGUGAUACAGGUGAUUCAUUAAGUUCAUCAACUUGCAGUAGUACAGUUGUACGGUCAUUACCAGCGAACAAUUCAAUGGAUAAUAUGAUUCAAUUUCCUGAUGUGACUGAUUCGACAGAUUGA